GUUAGUUUUCCAGGGAACGUCUCUUGUUUGUUUGAGAAGCUAGAACCACACAAACAACCAUGACUGGUGGUGGCCAACGCGACCAACGUUUUCAUGACGCUGCUCAAGCACGGAUCCCCCACCAUGCAAAUCAGGCCGACACGCUUAAGCUGGUGGUGGCGGAUGCGAGGCUCCAGCGCGACGUUCCAGUGCGACGGCCGCAGAGGAAGGACCUCUACGAGGUGCUUGAGGUCGGCCGCUCCGCCACCGACGAGGAGAUCAAGAAGGCCUUCCAUCGCAUGGCGCUCAAGUACCAUCCGGACAAGAAUGGCGAUGACCCAGUGGCCUUUGACAUCUUCCUGGAAAUCCAAUUCGCCCACAGCAUUCUGUCAGAUCCCAGUAAAAGGCGGCAGUAUGACAAAUCAGGAUUCGAGGCUAUUGAAUCUGAUAGACCGAAAUCCGACCUGGACCUAUCGAAUCUUAGUCCAGCCAGCACCAUGUUUGUGGCCCUGUUGAGUAAAUUUGGUGUGCCGAUUAAGACAACUGUUCCAGUAGCCGUUUUGAAGGAGGCUUUGGAUAGGUCCGUUAAGGUUUUUCAGCUCCAGCUAGGACAAUCUGAACGCAGGAAGGUGGAAAAGCUAUCAGCCAAUUAUUAUGCCGUGGACAUAACAGAACGGGAUGCUAAGGCGGGGUUAGUUUGCCGCGUGCACUCACCCGAUGGAAGCAAAUUUAAGUUGCUUUAUUUCACGUGCGAAGAAAAUGGAGGUCUCGACCUUGCACUGAAGGAGGACAGUGUGGACACCGGAAACGGUACUUCAGCCGGGAUGUACUUUCUUGGGUUUCCUGUGUAUCGAUUUCAGCAUAAUUACUCGCCAGCUGUUAUAAAGAAUUCACACACGGUAUUGCUUAAAAUGUUGGAUAGCUUCCAAUCAUGUGAUGUUAAUGAACUGACACCUGGAACCCACUACUUCGCUGUCUAUGGUGACAAUUUCUUCCGUCCUGCAAGCUAUAUCAUCGAGUUUAUGUGUGGUCAAUCUUUCUCUGCUGAAAAGGAGAAGCUGAAAAACGUCGAAGCAAUGAUACUCGCAAAACAAGCUGCAUAUAGGGAAAUGCACGCUUUGGUUUGCAGGUUUCACCAAAUCUCACUGAGAUGAAAAGAGGAUACACCAAAGAUAUGCCAACGAUCGACGAGCUUCUCAAGGAAAGGAAUGAGAUCCAUGCAUCCUUUAGUACCAACAAUUCACCUCCGACAAUGCAAAAGAAAGCGAAGGAUCAUCCAACGGAGGGCGAGCAUGACAAUUCAGGUGAUAAGAAAACUAACGGGAAAAAAAGAUUGUUUCCAAGCUUCCUUUAAACCGUUGACAGGAAGAUAUGGGGUACAAGUGUGUUUGGAACAUCAGCAAGCUCCUUGCAAAGGGUACCGUCUGUCUCCUCAUUUUAGAACUGACGGAUAUUGCAACGAUGGCUGGAGAUGUCGCUGCACUUCUGCGCAAUUAAACGAGUGAAUACGUACUGUAACAAAAUGUAAUUUUUCUUCCUUACAUAUUCCAUGCAAUUAAACGUUCAUCUAUACUACGUUUAUGAAACAUGGAGUUCUCAUUGUUUGUAUAACUCUCAAUCAAUCAUCGCUAGUAAAAAUGCCUAA